UGGUGACACUGCUGUCCCCGUGUGCCCCCCGUGUGUCCGCAGGGAGUUCCGGUUCACGUCGGACGUGCCGGUUUGGUUGGACUAUCGGGGCAAACGCGUCACCAUGGAGCAGGGAGCUGUGGCCGGGAUCCUGAUCGGGCUGGCUCGACUCAACUGCUCCCAACUGCGGCUCAAGAGGCUCUGCCACCGCCAGGGGCUGCUGGGGCUGGGCCGGGUGGUGUCGUUUGCGGUGACCGAGUGGCUUCGGGACAUUCGGUGUCACCAACUGCCCGGGCUGCUGGGGGGGGUGGCCCCGGUGCACGCCGUGCUGCGGCUCUGGCGGUCUCUCCGGGAUCUGCUGCUGCUGCCGCUGCUGGGGUCCCUAGGGUGA